AAAGCAAAAGCAAAAGCAAAAGUGUUUAAAAACGCUUUCGAGGCGUGUGUUAUCACACACACAACAGAGAGUUGUUGUGGUUGUUGUUGUUCAUGAUAAUAAAUACACAAUCAUCAGAAUCGCAAUCAAAAUUCAAAAACGAAGGGGAAAAUAAAAAAAGAAAAAGUGUCGCCGGCCGACACUCAACAGUGACAUCAUCAGCAACAGCAACACGCACUAAAAUCAUCGUCAUCAUCAUCGACAACAUCCUUUAUCGAAAGGAACAGCAGCACCAGCACCAGAACCACCAACCCACCACCACCACCACCUGAUUAUAAACGGGCUGCAUGAAAAACAUUACCAGCUCAAGCACUUGCAGCACUGGCCUGCUGCAAUUGCAGAACAAUCUCAGCAGCAGCGAAUUGGACGUUGUUGGCAAACCAGAGACGACGGCAGUUGGACCCGGCACCAUACCAUCUCCGUGGACACCAGUGAAUGCCGGUCCUCCGGGUCCUCUGGGAUCGGCAGACACAAAUGGCAGCAUGGUGGAUAGUAAAAAUUUGGAUGUCGGCGAUAUGAGCGAUGAUGAAAAAGAUUUAUCAUCUGCUGAUGCCGAGGGUGUCUGGAGUCCAGACAUCGAACAAAGCUUUCAAGAGGCCCUAUCAAUAUAUCCACCAUGUGGACGCAGAAAAAUCAUAUUAUCCGAUGAGGGUAAAAUGUAUGGCCGAAAUGAGCUAAUUGCACGCUAUAUCAAACUGCGUACGGGUAAGACGAGAACCCGUAAACAAGUCAGUUCUCACAUCCAAGUGCUAGCCCGACGGAAACUGCGUGAAAUCCAAGCGAAAAUCAAAGUCCAAUUUUGGCAACCGGGAUUACAGCCGAGCACGUCGCAAGAUUUCUAUGAUUACAGCAUUAAGCCGUUCGCCCAGCCACCAUAUCCAGCCGGGAAACCCUCGACAGCGGUAUCGGGUGAUAUCGAUGCUGGUCUACCGGCCGCACAAUUGCCAUGGGAGGGAAGGGCCAUUGCCACGCACAAAUUCCGUUUGCUAGAGUUUACGGCAUUCAUGGAAAUCCAAAGAGAUGAUAUGUAUAACCGUCACCUAUUUGUACAAUUGGGCGGUAAGCCAUCCUUCUCCGAUCCACUUUUAGAGACAGUUGAUAUACGACAGAUAUUCGAUAAAUUUCCGGAAAAAUCCGGCGGUCUCAAAGAUCUCUAUGAAAAAGGUCCGCAAAAUGCAUUCUAUUUGGUUAAAUGUUGGGCGGAUCUCAAUACAGAUAUAACGACUGGCAGCGAAACGGGGGAUUUCUAUGGUGUAACCAGCCAAUAUGAAAGCAAUGAGAAUAUUGAACUUGUCUGCUCGACAAUCGUUUGCUCCUUUGGCAAACAGGUGGUGGAGAAAGUGGAAAGUGAAUAUUCACGUUUAGAGAACAAUCGCUAUGUAUAUCGCAUACAGCGUUCACCUAUGUGCGAAUAUAUGAUUAAUUUCAUACAAAAGCUAAAGAAUUUACCUGAACGCUAUAUGAUGAACAGUGUACUUGAGAAUUUUACAAUAUUGCAAGUAAUGCGAGCGCGUGAAACGGAAGAGACACUGCUAUGCAUAGCGUAUGUGUUCGAGGUGGCGGCCCAGAAUAGCGGUACCACGCAUCAUAUCUAUCGCCUUAUAAAGGAAUAGCAUGAGCUGCAUGAAGCAGCGCCCAAUCAUCUGUCCGCAAACCCCACCAAUGCACAAAUCAGCGAAUACAGCAACAGCAGCAAUAAUAAUAAUAAUAACAAUAACAAUAAUAACAG